CUUGCUCGUAAAAAACUAAUGUAAAUAUAAAAAUAAGUAACGUUUUAUUUAACAAAUGCAUAUCAAUUUAUUACAAAAUGCAACUUCCGGUUCGUUGAGUUGAUUUCUUUUCCGGUGUACACCGUAUAAACAAGUUCUUCGAUCAUGGGUAAAAGAAAUAAUAUGAUCCCUAACGGGCACUUCCAUAAAGACUGGCAAAGAUUUGUGAAAACUUGGUUCAAUCAACCUGCUAGAAAAUAUCGCCGCAAACAAAGUCGUGUAAAGAAAGCUCGUUCGCUUGCACCAAGACCUGUAAAACUUUUGAGGCCUGCUGUUCAUUGUCCGACUUUCCGUUAUCACACAAAAGUUAGAGCUGGCAAAGGUUUUACCUUGGCUGAAAUAAAAGCUAGUGGUUUGAACAAAAGGUUCGCCAGGACUAUUGGAAUUGCGGUAGAUCCUAGAAGACGAAAUAAGUCGAUCGAAUCUUUGCAAACAAAUGCUCAAAGAUUAAAGGAAUACAAAUCGAAAUUGAUUUUGUUCCCAUUAAAUGAGAAAAAACCUAAGAAGGGUGAAGCAACUGAGGAAGAAAUGAAAGUUGCAACGCAAGUUACAGGAGAAGUUAUGCCAAUAAGGCAUCAAGCACCGCUCAAGGCAAUGGCACAUGUCAUUUCUAAAAAGGAAAAGAAACUCUGUGCAUACAUAACUAUCCGUAAGGCUAGGGCUGAUGCUAGAUUAGUUGGAAUUCGUGCAAAGCGUGCUAAAGAGGCAGCAGAGAAUCCUGAUGAUGUCACGAAGGUUGCUAAGGACAAAAAGCCUAAGAAAUAGGUUUAAGGUUUAUGUUCUUAUAUAAAUACAAAAAAUAAAUUAUUCUCUAAUGAGAAA